GCUCUCGGCACGACGGAUUUCGACAGGCCUUCACUGAUGUGUAUGUAGGUCGGCGCAUUCGCUGACUCUCGCUUUACCGUAGCGGGCGUAGUAAACAUAUGUGGUAGUACGUUGUGCGUGUGGCGUCGCGCUGACAAUCGUGAAACAAAGUUUAGCUCCCGGUCUCCGUCUCGAUCCGAUCGCCUGCGCCUCGUCCAACCGAUCAGUGCUCUGAAAGUUCAAGGUAAGAGAAGAUUCCACCUGGUGCCACCCUUGAUGAGCCUGGAUGGCACCAGCCGGCUCGAGCUGAGCUGUGUGCUGCACUGGUUCUCACUGUGGAACGCUGACCAGAAGGAGGCCUUCUCUGACACGCUUCUUGCUCAUUUGGUGCCCCCCAGGGAACCUCCCACUUGAUCCGGGUGGGCAAAGAUGCUGAGCCAGAAGGGCCCCGCGUGCAGCGCUGCCGAGCAGUCUGCUUACCUGCUCAGCUGGUUCGGAGAGUACAGCGACCUGCAGCGUGACGACUUCCUGCACGUACUGGCCGAGAAGUACACACUCCUGGGACCUGCCGGUGACGGUGACCUGGGGCUGUCACACCUCUCCAUCGGGAACCCCGAUGCCCCGCCCUCACUCUUCCAAUGUCGCAUGAGCCUGUUCGACCAGUGGUUUCAGGGCUGGAGCGACGAGGACAAAGCAAGCUUCCUCGACCGGCUACGGUCCCUUGACCCGGAGUUCGUGGACAAGCUCUCUUCAGUUCCCAAUGGCACAGCAGACCACAGUCCAACUGCGCCACUGCCGGCGACGACGACGACAGUCUUGGUCAAUCACUGCACAAGCGUGACGGUCAAUGGAGAUAGUCUCAAAGUCGAUGAGGAUGAAGAGGUGGAGGAGGAGGAAGAGGAAGGAAAUCGAGAGGUGGUCUCGCCAACGGAGGAACCGCAGCCUAUGCCGAGGAACGUCGUGUCGCCAAGCAGCGGCUCUGUUGAGGAAGAGAGGGUUUCGCCCAUGGGAGAAAAGAUAGAAUUUGAGGAACAAGAGGAGCUAGUGCUCUGAGGUUUCACAAUGAACAUGCAAAAUGUGGCGCUACGGUAACAUCAGUCCAGUACAUGACUGGCUGUAUUUGUGUCAGUGGUACAGGACGUCUUCCUUGUGUCUUUUCAAGUUGUCUGGCUGGCUUCGUAAAGUCAGUGACAAAGCGCUAGUAGAAUGUGUAAGCUUUCCUUAUUUCGCAUCGACGGUUAGGAGAUUUUGUAUUGAAUGUGGACAGGCAGAUUCAAACUGCUAACAGCUGCAUAGUGGCUUUGACAAGUGAUGUGUGAGCUGCCUUCUUUACUUUUCUAUUAAUUAAUGAUAGCAGACCUAAUUUUGUAAGUUUAAUUACAUUUUUGGCCAGAUUUGGAUGACACGAUGCACAGCCGUAUGAGCCGUAUAUCAAUUUUUGUGACGAUAGAUGAGGAGAUUUUGUUCACAGGCUGAGAUGGUUAAAACCAAUUGGUUUAAUUGUUGGUGAAAAUGUAUUUUGCAUGCCCAAUGACAGUAUUGUAUGUCGGCAGUAUGAGCAUUCCCAGUUGAAGAAUGAGGGACCAUCCCUUUUGUAUUUUUUGUGGCGUCUAGAAAAUAAACCUGUUGCACUGCACUGUGGAAGCAGAGUUGGGUCUAAGCAGUGUUCAGGCCACUGGGUCUCUGUGUUGCUCAUUCGUGGCUGAUAUAUUAGGCCGUUUCUGAUGCAUGUGCCAAGACCAUCCAUUUAAGGGCAGUCAAAUUGUUCUUAGCAUUCCACCCGACAGGCCUGUCGGUAAGCAAGCCUUCCGUGGGAAGGACUCGCAUCAGCAGAGCUAGAGGACAAUGUAGUUGUAUGGUUUGGGGUGGAAUUCGUGCCUAAUGUGUUAUCAGUGCUGCCAUAUUUUUAAAAUGCAGUUAAGUAGUGGCUUCUCUCCCUCUCUCCUAGUGAAUUGGCAUGAGAUCUUCCCCUCACUGAAAAAUAUGUUGAGAGUUCUUUUUGUUUUUCCGUAUGCUUUGCCUUGUGGGGCAUCCAGAGCCUGUGCACAUUUUUUAUGGCACCAUUCCAUUAGCUUUCUCAUUCCAUUUUUGCAAGGUCUGUACAGCUAUGUUGCACGGCCAGAAAAUUUUUCCCUCACCGUUUGCUUUCAAGGGCCCCUCACCAGGUCUGGCUUUUUCUAACAGACAAGCGCAGUGUAUGCAUUACUCGCUGACGAUCGUGUCUGCAAAGUAUUACAGCGCUGCAAGCCAUGAAAACAACUGAAAUUUGAAGUCAAACGCCAUGUGCCGUUUUUUUCUCGAGGAAGCUCCGCCACCAGUCAAGGUAACACGCACGAGGGCGCCCAUGUAAAAUGCAGUGUAACCUAUGUCACUCACCAUGAUACGCGAAUUGGGUAGUCGUAUGCAGAAGGCACCAUGCUGCUGCUGUAUGGGAUCUCGUAGCAUCAAAGAAAAGAAAAUAAUAAGAAAAGUAGGCUGGACUCGACGCAUUGACAAGACUUGGUCUCUCGGCUCUGUUAGGGAGAAGGCAGGGAAGGAACACCGCUUGGUGGAUGCUAGUCGACGCAAAGGGGGGGAGUGUCACUGCUGGCAGUUAUGCGCGCCUUCUGGUGGCAUGAUAACAGGAGAGUUACUUUCUAAUAACAAACCGAUUUUAAAGAUUAUUUUGGUAAAACAAUCCUUAGACGGCGUUUUACAAUUUCCAGAGUAUAACCAAAGUUUCCAAUAGACCUUGGCGAGGGGCUCCUUAAUUUAUACUUCCAUGCUUGGCACCUCUGUCGCAAUGUGUUUAGCUGAACUUUUCUUAUUUUUAUAUCUUGCAUCUGUUUUACUGUUAAAUCUACAAAUAUGUCAUUGGGUGCAUGUAUGCUGCAAUAAUAAACUACUAAUAAUAGGAACUAGAGGUGGCCGAAUAUUUAAUACUUUCGAAUAACCUAUUAAAUAGUUUCCUAUUUGAUUCGGUCUUUGAAUCGAAUAGUCACUAUUUGUAGAUGCGAACAUUUUUCCAAUACUUUUAGGCUAUUUCAGUACAUCAGCUGCGCCCAGUUUGACAAAACUUGAGCUAAAUUACGGUAAAUUUUCAACCCUGCGGGCAUAGUAUAGACAUAAAACAUGAGAACCUGUGCAAUGGAGCAGGCUAUGUCGCUUAGGUAGCCAUGCUUUACAGGGUACCAGUGAUCAUUCGCACUCUCUGAAGAGUCGUGUGCAUGCGAAGAAACUACAUGUUUGCUCCUGAUGCUUUAUUAGUGCUUUUAAUAGGCAAUGCUUUAUAAUGUACUAGACAAUCUCAGAAACUUGGUAACUCUAAGAAUACUAGGAUCUGAACAUCAUUUUAUGUUACUUGUGAUAACGGCUUUUCAUUAUUCGAAAACUAUUCAGUCCAAUUUGCUUCUAGCACUAUUCGAUUCGUAUUCAAUUCUGUCUCAAAAAUUACUAUUUGCACACCCCUAAUAGAAACGAUGCCAUAUUUAAUAACAGCCAAUACUUAAGCUUUGGUUUGAUGAUACUAUUCAUAUAUAUCUCCAUUUAGGCAUAAAACAAGCUCUGCAUUGUGUUCUGUAUAACGCAUGCUCUGGGAAGUUCGAAUAACUUGUUGUAUGAUAUGCUUGUUCAUUAUGACAUCAGCAAGUUUCUCAAAAACACCUCUAAGCCUUUCCUUUCCUCAGUGCAGUUAAUAUUUCUGUACGAAUGUACAUCUUGAAACUGCUCAGGUUAGGCACCUCUGUCCUCAAGACACUCGUGCCAUGUUCAGAAUCUCGUCUGUGUCACGCUUUAAGAAUGGCAGCAUGUCUAUGUGGACAGAGUGCUUUGUCAGUGGGUUGUGAUGAGUCGUUUAUAACAAUGAGUCACUUUGUACUGGCGAAAGCCAUGCUCUUGCAAAAUGGUUGAAUACAAGCAGCACAUGUGGCUCAUAUGCCCACGUUGCAGUGAAUUCAACCAUUUUGACAGAGAAGGAACACCUACCGUAUUUUCCGGAUUAUAAGUCGCACCUUUCUAUAAAACGCACCUCACCCCCCCCCCCCCCAUUUAGGCACAUUUUGACAAAAUUCAUGUAUGCGCACCUUUUUUUUCACGCGAUCAGCACAAUUGUUCAUGAUUAGGCAUGCGUUCACCUUGACAUGCACAGUAGUUACCUAUUCCGGAUCAAUUAAAACCCAAUAAUGCGUCAGUCUAAGUUACACAAGUUAUGGCAUAAAAAAUCGCUGCCCCUUUCACUCCGUGAAGGUGCUCGAAAAGUGAAGCUGCGUUAAUUAUGCAUUGUUACACCAUGCAAGUCACCAUUCUUUCACCUCAUUACCGCUUUUGCAUGCUUCACGUGGUGACCAUGCUUUGGAGUUCUUUUUUGCACUUCUCUCAGUGUGCUUUUUUUCUCGCGUGCAAGUUCCGCCGCCCCUUUUUUUGUGUGCCAGUAAUGAGAGCAAGUGACAAGCCCUUGCACGAGCCAACUCUCGCUGAAGCUCACAGUAGGCAGCUUCUUCCUCAGCAGUAUGCACUACUCGUGGUCUUCCCAUAGUUGUACCUGGAAUGGAAUGCGCAGUACCACUAAUCCAAAGCUUCAUAUAUGCAACUGUAGCAGCGUUUGAAUGCAGGGAAAUGCAGACGGCGUCGGCAGCAGCUCUGUGCGUUGCCUCGUUGGUGCUGCUACACAACCAACGCUAAUGCGAACUCCUCUCACACCCCACUCCUCCACUGACUACUUUCUUACGACACCGCCAUUGGUUGGCGCGCCUCACGCUCUCCCCCUCCAACUUGAGUAUUGGACGGCGCAACUUACGUCAACCCCCCCUUCUGGUUCUCUUUUUCAUCUGCAGCUUCUCAAAGCAUUUUCACAAGGGGAAAGGGGUCACUCCAACCCCUUUCCCCCUGUUGAGCUCUUCUUUACCUCUUCCGCUAGGUCACAUGGCCCCUUUUAAGAGAAGUCCGACAACGAUAGCACAGGGUCCGCAUAAACAUAUUGGCUGUAAAAAUUCAGCGAAUACUUGUAAGAAGCAAAAAUAUAUAUAUAUUCACUGUGCAUUAUUCAAACCCAUCAAAGGCCUCGUCCUCCGAUGCGGUGUCGAACAGUUCGGCCACUCAGUAGGCAAGGUCGCAGGGACAUCAUCGCCAGCUUCCGAGUCGCUGCUGUUAAGCUUUUCGAAACCAAAGGCCAGCUUUUUGAAACCUUGCAGUUACGGUAGGCACUGAAACUGCAGCCCACGCUUCGUCGGCCCACCUCGUCAAACGUAGCAUGCCUCAUGCGGUCAGUUGUCGUAAAGCUGUGUUCACCGUCCGUCAUCCACCUCUCCCACAAAUGCCACAGUACAGCUUUAAAGCUGCGGUUGACGGCAAUAUCUAAAGGCUGUAGAGUCUUCAUCGAUCACUGCAGGUGUGCAGUUCAGAAGCUUUACUUUCUUCAGCGUUGCGUCGGUAAUAUGAGCACGCAUACUGUCCAUGGCAAAACAUCUGUCAAGCUAAAUGCCCAUCAUUUCUUCGUCCAUCCAUCCCUUCCGAUUUACCUGGUUGAUGACAGCAUGAAGGGAGCUGUCUUUCGGCAGUGUCUUCCCCUUAAAUAUAAGCAAUGGUGGCAGUUUCAUCCCGUCCGUGCAGCAAGCAAGGAUGACCGUAAAAUGCGAUUUUUCGUGCCCUGUGUUCGCAGCAGGCACCGACUUGUCGCCUUUUUAUGCAACAGUUCUUCCCAUCAGAAUGUGAAAAGUCAGUGGAAUUUCGUCUAUGUUGAUAAUGUGAUUUUUUUGUCAUCUCAUUAUCGUCCACUUGUUUCUUCACGAACGCCUUUAAGUUCUCCAACUUUUCUGCAGUGUUCCGGCAGCUUCUGGCAAAGGGUUGUGCACGCUCUGAUUGUCAAGCAUUUGCGCCUCAUAAAUUUGAAGCACCAAGGAGGUCCACCGGCAAAACCAACCACCACCAUUUCUUUAGCCCACAUGAGCGCUUUCAGGCGCAACUGCACCGUAGACAAACCCCUGCCUUCAGCUCGUUGCUCCAAUACCCACGCACGCAGACAGGCAUCUAGCUCGGGUCAUUUGGCUUUUUCAUUCCUCGGUCUGAUUUGUUCGAUUUCUCAAAGCACGUAGCUUCUCUUCGUCCAAUCGCGCACAAUUUUUUCAGUGACACUGAAGCGUCGUCCAGCGGCACGGUUUCCAUUUUCAAGCGCACACUCAACCGCUGUCAACUUGUACUUAGCUGUGUAGCUCCUUCACAAUUGCCGAGGCAGCAUGGUGAAACGAAACGAACAAAGUGGAUAUGGCAACUUGUGGCGACUGAACAGCAACACGCUAUGCAGAGAAUGGCUCGACUCGGCUCUGUGUAGCUCCUUCAUGAUUGUUGAGGUGGCAUGGUGAAACGAAUCAAAAGAGAAUAGGGCGAAUUGUGGCGACUGAAUAGCAACAUGCUAGGCAGAGAAUGGCUUGACUUUGGCUCGGCAUCGUCUUGGAUUGUGGCCGGCCAGUGCCUGCGGCCUGGCAAGUCAAUGCCUCCUUUACUAGAUGCCUGCCGCAUCGCUCGUUUUCCCAUUGGAGCGGAGCUUCCUGUAGUUCAAGGUAGUUGCGGAGAGACAGCGCUUGCUGCCGACCCUACUUACUGUUGCGAAGGAAGUGACGAUUACGAGGCUGGCACGCGCUCAACCAAUGGCUUGACGAGACACCGCGGGUCCUGCCUCAGGGGUCGCAAGAAACGCCGCUGUAAUCUCGAAGGCAGGGUCACGUGAUUUAGGUCUGGAGCGGUCGCUGCAGCUAGCGCUUGCAGCCGACCCCGGUGGAGAGGAGGAAAGAGGAGAGGGGCAGGAACCAGCUUCUCGACUCACACAGCAGGCAUCUUCUAAAGGAGGCAUUGUGCAAGUGCAACGGCUCCUUCAGUGUCCGUCCUUUCGUACAAUAAAGGCACUGAAAACCAUUUAUUAUGGAAAAACAUCAUGACUUGCAAGUUCGAAAUUUAAUUGCUCAAAACUUUAUAAGGUGUGCAAAACAUAGUAGCCGUUACUAGUUUAUAAUUUUUUUUUUUCGCAAUUGCGCUCGCUGCUUGCUGUUCGUAAUUUCAUUGUGCCGGCUUAGCUGCUCGCUCAUGGAGUCCAACAUCCUGACACCUGUCACUGCAGUCACCUUGUAACUGUUUUAGCGACAUAAAUCAUGCAUUCAGUGUUGCCUACUGUUGCAAAGUGAAAAACAAUGGGGAAAAAAAGAUAUAUAAGUUACACCUGUGUAUAAGACGCACCGAUGAAAAAUUCUAAAAAAAUUGCGUCUUAUACUCUAGAAAAUAUGGUAUUUGUGUUUUCAGAUUACCAUGUCCCUGUAGUCAGCCCUAAUUGUGUUUUGUGCAUUUGAGAGAACCUAAUUUGUGCCAGAGGCAUCAGAAGUGCUUGUAGCUGGGUCAGGUGAUGUGGUGGGUGAGCAGUCACUUCUUGGUACUGAGCCGCCUGGCCAACUAUCUGCAGUGACAGUGCUGCCUAAUUCUUCGUAAGGAAAAUCACCCUCCCUACCGUCCAGCUCUCCCCUUUCGAUGUCCCUGGUUGGCGUGUGGUGGUAUCUUCCAAACAGAUAGUGGCCUGAAGACGUGCAGCUUGCGAGAAGUCCUCUUGCUUUAUGUAUUAUUGGCAUGUGUGCGGUGAACCUUGAAAAUAACAAUCACAAAUGUUAGUUGCUUGAAAUGUUUAUGACAUGGUGGGCCUUGAGUGCUUUUUAAAACUGCUCGCAGCAAGCUAUUCUUAUGGCCAAAUUCGCCAGCAGUGGGUUUUUCGCUAAUUCUUUGCAUCAAAGUGUUUUGGUGUAAUGCAUUCCAUUGAUGCUUGGUACAAUUCUGACCACUUCAUUGAUUUGUUGUUUUUUGUUUUGUGUAUUUGUGCAUUUGUAUCGCAUUGAUGAGUAUGCUAGAGUUGUCUUUGAUAGGAGAAAGAACAAUUUUUCAUAUUGCAUAAUCAUCACAGUUGCUCACUUGGACUCUCAUGUGCAUGCAAGAACUUUGCAAGAUAUGUUUAUUUGUGUAUUCCAUGCCUCCUGCAAAGUACAGUGUGGCCCGAGAUGUCGGGGAACAUUCCAUUAGAGCUGUGCUAGCAGGCCCUAUAGUGCUUGUGCUCAACCCUUAGUCAUUAAAGUUUAUUGCAUCGGGUUCUUCUUAUAUAUGCCUCAUAAUAUCUUGUCUUUUGUAGCUCAGUGCAUUCAUAAGGGCAGCUUGGCUCUGUAGUGGUGACUGACUGUGUGUUCCUUGUCAAAUCAGUCCACACUGUACCGACUGUCUUUGAUUAUACAGUAUAGUUGGAGUUCACACUGAAGCUCUAGGUUUAUAAGAGAAGUGGACAACAGUUUAUUUCAUAUAAACAAUGAAAUUUUUUUGCAGUGCAGCUGUUUAUGUGUAAGGGUUGUUGGGUUUGGUACCAUUUUACACAUUUGUACUCUACAGGAAGCAGUUUUUUCUUAGUUUUUUUUAGAACUGAUGCCCAUAUUGUUUCUCCUCUUGGCACCAUGGUUGUGUUGACCCAUUCUCAUCUCUUUUCAUAUUGUCAAGCAGGUAGUGAAUGUGCGUAGCAGGAUAAAAGGCGAGAAUGAUGAACUGGAAGUAUCGAGCUAUUUAUUAAGCAGACAUGUGCCUAAGAAACGAAACUGCAGCAAAGUGACAAUGAAUAAAGCAAGCAUGGUCAAUGGUCAUUGAAUCCAGACAUCUUGCUUGAGUUUGUCCACUAUUUUGUAUACGCUUAUAUGUACUGCACUUUGGCAUCUGUAUGCAUUCGUCAACAUCAGUUUACAUCAUCAUCUCUAGUGCACACUUGGUUUUGGAAUAAAGCAUUGGCUCGACCAUUGUUUCAAAAGUGGUGGAGGUGCUCUAGAAACC